GCUGGGGCCAGAUUUUAUGACAAUUCCAUGUAACGAAGGAGAAUGCCCAAUUGAUGGUGGAUACACUGAGUGGUCGGAGUCUGAGUGCAGUGUGACAUGUGGAGAAGGAACAAAAAUACUUACAAGAACCUGCACCAAUCCUCCGCCAUCUUGCGGUGGAAAGAACUGCAGUGAGCUGGGGCCAGAUUUAACGACAAUUCCAUGUAACGAAGGAGAAUGCCCAAUUGAUGGUGGAUACACUGAGUUUUCUGAGUCUGAGUGUAGUGUGACAUGUGGAGGAGGGACAAAAAAUCUAACAAGAACUUGUACCAAUCCUCCGCCAUCUAAUGGUGGCAAGGACUGCAGUGAACUGGGACCAGCUGAAAAGACAGUUUCAUGCAACGAAGCAGAAUGCCCAAUCGAUGGUGGUUACACUGAGUUUUCUGAGUCUGAGUGCAGUGUGACAUGUGGAGGAGGGACAAAAAAUCUGACAAGAACUUGUACCAAUCCUCCGCCAUCUAACGGUGGAAAGGACUGCAGUGAACUGGGACCUGCUGAAAAGACAGUUCGAUGCAAUGAAGCAAUAUGUCCUCCUCCAUGCACAGCUGGACUCGACAUUGGAAUUGUACUCGACAAAUCCGUGAGUGUCAGAAAAGCUAAUCUGAGAAAGGUUAUCACCUUCUUGUGUGAACUUGUGAAGAAAUUUCACCCGUCACCAGAAGAAGACCACUUCGGUCUCAUCACGUUUAACAAGCGAGCGGAACUGGCGUUUACCUUUGCGGAUUCAAAAUACCAUGACAAGGAAGCUCUCGUGAAGAGAAUAGCCGAUGAGCCAAUUAGACUGCGUCUGCAUACUCGCACCGAUCUGGCUUUAAAAUUGGCAUUAGACUCGCUGUUUACCAAGGCAGGGGGAGACAGACCAGACAAACCAAAUGUCAUGAUUGUAUUGACAGAUGGAAUGCCAACACAUCCUGGGAAAAGUUUCAGUUUCGAUGCAUUUGCUGCGAAUAUAGAAAAAGAAUUUAAAAAAAAGAACGUUAGCACAUUGGCCGUGGGAAUUGGUAAGACGAUAAAUGUAAAAAGCCUGAAGCAGAUCGCAGGUGGAAGUAACGUAGUGCAGGUGGAGGACUUCGACAAACUUAAAGAAACGAUCGAAGAAAUCAAAUCGAAAUCUUGUACUGAGUGAGAAAGCCACCUGGCAUCUAUCAAGUGGAGUCGUCCUUAAUUUUUUAGUACCUAGGAAGAUUGUAUUUGCAAACUGUACUAAGUGGCAAUAAAAAUAAA